AUGGUUGGCGUCGUCAAUCGCAAUGCUGCCGGCCAAAGCGCAGAGAAGGAAUUGUCCGAGCACGGUAUGGGGUCGAGGAAGCCAUGGCGGUGCGGCGGCAGUGCAGGUACACCCCCGAUCGGCGUCUGGCCGUUGCAUCCCAGUUCCUCGCCCGCCGCUUCUUUCGGAGCGGCUUCUAAUUCGGGCCUCCUCCUCCUCCUCCUCCUCCUCCUCCUCCUCCUUCUGGCUCCGAACAUCCGUCAUCGUGGAAGCCCGGCCUGGUCAGCCGUCAUUGCAGGCACGUUGUCGUCGGCUUGGCACUCGCCGACAGCGUUCCCAGGCUCGAUCGUCGGUGCGUACAAGGGGACCAAGGCUCUGGGAUCUCCGGCGUCACCGCGCGACGGCGUGCCCAUUCUGCGCGACGGCCUCGUUCCCACAACCAACGUCCCUUUCAAUCAACCGGCUUGA